GCCUGUGUUGAUUCGCAUCAAAAUAGAAACAAAAAGUUCAGACUAUUCACAAGGCGGAACGAGGUAACCCGGUUCACCUUUUAAAAGGUGAAUAGAUCUCUGUCAGGAUGGAGUCGAUUUUGGAGCAGCAGCGGCGCUACCACGAGGAGCGAGAAAGGCUGAUGGACGCAAUGGUAAAAGAGAUGCUGCACAAAAAACUGGGCAACCGAGAGAUUAUCAACUCGGACCACCGAUUGAAGAUGCUCCUGGAUCAUUAUUCGGAGAGCACGUCUCAUUUGAAGGAGCUCUACGAAGACAAGGACGGACUCAGGAAAGAGGAAGUCUCCCUUUUGUCAGGACCGAAUGAGUUUGGCGAAUUCUACACCAGACUUCGAGGGAUCAAAGAGUUCUACAGGAAGCACCCCAAUGAGAUCAGUGUUCCCAUGUCUGUGGAGUUUGAGAAUAUCACAAAAAUGAGGGAGAACCCUAGCGAUGAGGCAGCCAACUUGGUCGAGUUUACUGAUGAAGAAGGCUACGGAAAAUACCUCGAUUUGCAUGAAAUGUACACCAUGUUUAUCAAUUUAAAGGGUAUUGAGAAAGUGGAUUACAUCACUUACCUGACGACUUUCGACCACCUGUUUGACAUUCCCAAAGAGAGGAAGAACAUGGAGUAUCAAAACUACCUUUUGAAGCUGCUGGAAUAUCUUGAUGAUUACUCUCAAAGAGUUAAGCCUCUGCUUUCCAUCCCAAGUGAGAUGGAUAGCGUGGUCAAAGAGUUUGAACAGCAGUGGGAAAGCGGAACCUUCCCUGGAUGGCCGAAAGAGGCUGGCAGUGCAUUGACCAACGUAGGUGCACACUUGGAUUUAUCUGCUUUUUCCUCCUGGGAAGAACUGGCUUCGCUCGGGCUUGAUCGACUCAAAUCGGCCCUGAUGGCGUUGAACCUCAAAUGUGGAGGCACUUUGGAGGAGAGGGCACAGAGAUUGUUCAGCACCAAAGGGAAGAAAGACUUGGAUCCAUCUCUGAUGGCCAAGACCAAGAAAGGGAAUAAAGCUGCCAAUGCCAAGCUGGUCGAGCGACAGAGAGAAAUCGCCCACCUCGAGGCGCAGGUGUACAGAUUUGCUGAGAUCCUCUCCGAGCAGAGGAGUAACACCAAAGAAAACGUUCAGCGAAAGCAGGCACGCACAGAAGGAGAACGAGAGGAGUCGGAUGAAGAGGAGAGCGCCUCUGCGUCAGAGGACGAAGAUAACGAUGACGUGCCCUACAACCCCAAGAACCUCCCUCUUGGCUGGGAUGGCAAGCCGAUUCCUUACUGGUUGUACAAGCUACACGGCCUCAACAUCAGCUACAACUGCGAAAUAUGCGGAAACUUUGUUUACAAGGGACCCAAGGCAUUCCAGAGGCACUUUGCUGAAUGGCGUCAUGCUCACGGCAUGAGAUGUUUGGGAAUUCCUAACACGGCCCACUUUGCCAACGUCACGCAGAUUGAGGACGCGUUGCAAUUGUGGGAGCGCUUGAAACUGCAGAAACACAUGGAGCGUUGGCAGCCGGAGGCUGAGGAAGAGUACGAAGACUCCCUUGGAAACGUCGUGAAUAAGAAAACCUACGAGGACUUGAAGAGGCAGGGUCUGCUGUAGUCUGUUUUUAUGAUUUUUUUGUCAUGGAUAAAUUAAAGCGUGGUAACCCAAAAUUAA